AUGACUCAUACCGAUCUGGAAAGCAAUCGAAAUGAAGAUGGCCAUUUAUCAGCAUCCUCAGAUGGUUCGUCGUACGACACUGAAUCCUGUGAAAGUAAAGAAGCAAAUGGUGUUGUUGCAUGGGAAUGGGAUGACGAUCCCUACAAUCCAUACAACUGGCCAACGCGUUUCAAAAUCCAACAGGUGAUGAUGAUGGCGUCAGCGGCCUUCACAACCUCGAUUGGUGUAUCCAUUCUAUCCCCUGCCCAUCUCCAAAUAAUGGAGGAGUUUGGAGUCGGAAGUACGGUUGCAGUUCUUCCACUGUCACUUUAUGUGCUUGCUCUGGGGCUAGGCCCUCUCAUAGGAGGGCCAUUGUCUGAGACAGUUGGAAGAUACCCUGUCUACGUCGGCACUGUUCUCCUUGGCAGCAUGUUUACAGUCGGCGUUGCAUUGAGCGAGACUUUUUGGGCUGUCUGUGUUCUGCGGUUCCUUGCAGGCUUCUGCUUCGCAUCAUCCUUGGCCAUAGCUGCAGGGACCAUCAAUGAAACAUUCAGACCGGAAAAACGAGCCAUCCCUUCCAUUAUUUUUAUUCUGGCGCCAUUUCUCGGUCCCGGCUUAGGGCCCGUCAUUGGAGGUUUUAUCACGAAUCGCAAGGGCUGGCGUUGGACCCAAUGGACCUUGUUAAUGCUUGCUACUUUGACGAUUGUAUUAACUUUGUUUGCUCGAGAGACAUUUCACCCAGUGAUUCAGCACCGGCGCUCGAGGAAGCUUGGGCGAGUCUACGAUUCAAGCUCAUCAAUUUCUGCGAAGCCGAAGAGCCCUACAACUAUCGCCAUGCUCCGACCGAUUCAAAUGCUUCUGUUUGAGCCAAUCGUUUCGUUUAUUUCCCUAUACGUGGCAUGCGCAUUCGCAACUCUCUUCUCUUUCUUUGCUGCAAUCCCGCUUAUCUUCCAGGGUAUCUACGGGCUUGGACUCGAGGACUCUGGUUUGAUAUUCUUGUCUGUAGUUGUUGGAUGCGUAUUCGGAACCGUCACCGUGGUCUUGUGCGACAUAUUUUUAUACCGCCGACAAUCUGCGCGCUACCGUGGAAGACAAGUACCGCCUGAAUUACGUCUUUACCCGGCUUUGAUUGGUAGUAUUGGACUACCUAUUGGCCUUUUUUGGUUUGGUUGGACAUCUCGAGUCGAUAUCUCUUGGGCAAGUCCUUUGGUUGCGAUAAUGUUGUUUGCCUGGGGGAACCUGUGCGUCUUUCUAAGUACGGCUCAGUAUAUCGUGGAUACCUACAGUGGCUUGACAGUUGCAAGCGCAAUGAGUGCGAAUAGUCUGGCCAGGUACGGACUUGGUGCUGCGUUUCCGUUGUUCGCCAUUUCAAUGUAUACAAGCCUUGGCGCCGGUUGGGCCUCUAGUUUACUCGGACUCAUUGCCUCUGCAUUAUUGCCUAUUCCUUGGAUACUCUUCACCAUGGGAGAAGGCCUCAGAGCUAUGAGCAAAUUCGCAACUACUGAAUCGUAG